GUAGGGCCCCCCAGGUCCCUUGAAACGCUCACUCAAGUCUCCAUCUUCCCCUCCUGUCUCGCUGUCUUCUGAUCCGUGAAGUCCCAGCCAGGUGCAGCGGUUUGGACCACAGUCCCAUCCCUGUCCUUCCUGGGUGUGUGUGCCGCCCCCCCCCAGGGACGGUUAAGACCUCCCUCCUCCAACACAUCCUCCUCCGCCACUGACCAAGAGCCCUCAGCUGCACUUUCCUUCUCUGCUUUUUAAAAUUUUUUUUUUAAAUAGGCCGGGACAUCGGCCUGGACAGCCAAGAGACCUGAACGCAUCUUGGGGAUUGAGGAAUGUCUCCGCACUUCCCAGAUCCGUCAUAUCUGUGUGAAUCCCUUGAGUAAUUGCAGUGUGUGUGUGUGUGUGUGUGUGUGUGUGUGUGUGUGUGUGAAGAUAGAUCAAGUAUUAGUAGCCGAAGAGAGGAUCCUCUGCCCAGAUGAGAGAGUGGACGGAGUUGGAGAUGAGUUUUUCGGCAGGGGGGUUUCUCUCAGCCUCGGAUGGUUACUACUCCACCGAGCAGCUCCAGUACUACGACAUGCUUGCUGACCCCCUGGGCUACCCCCUGCAGGACCCCGACCUCCAGCUGCUCCCUUACAGCCAACAGCAGUACAGCUCUGGCAACCUGCCCUUCUCCCUCUACGGCUCGCCGCCCUCCUCCACCUCCUCGCCGUCCUCCUCCUCCUCCUCCUCGCAGCUCUGCCACCCGCCGUACCACUACAGCGCCCAUUGCCUGGAGGCCCCCUGUGAGCCCGGUCCGGAGCCCUACUAUGGAGGCCUGGCUCAGGGCCUCGGAGCGGCGGGGCUGCCCCUGGGGCGGAGGUCGCGGAUGGGGUCAGGGGGGAAGAGCAGAGGUCAGGACGAGCUCUGCGUGGUGUGUGGCGAUAAAGCCUCAGGCUAUCACUACAACGCUCUUACCUGCGAGGGAUGCAAAGGUUUCUUCAGGCGUAGUGUCACCAAAAAGGCUGUGUAUCACUGUAAGAGUGGCGGUGCCUGCGAGAUGGACAUGUACAUGAGGAGGAAGUGCCAAGACUGCCGGCUGAGGAAGUGCCGUGCUGUGGGAAUGCUGGCCGAGUGCCUUCUGACAGAAGUGCAGUGUCAAUCCAAGCGGCUGAGGAAAGGAGGUAAAGGCCGAGGACAGGAGGAGGAGGAGAACACAGACAGCAGGAGGGUCAGCUCCACCUGCAGACUACCUGGACAGGCUCCGUCGACCAGUUUAACCCCGGAGCAGAAGUACACUGUGGACAGGAUGGUGGAGGCCCACCGACUGUACAGAGCGCAGGGCGGCAGCCACGGCAGGUUGUUUGAGUGGCCGUAUGCAGAAGAAGCGGAGGGCCUGUCUGAUGUUGUGUCCCCCAGCCUGGAGCGACUGCUGCAGUUCGCCAGGACAGUGCCAGGCUUCGACCUCCUGGACUUCUCCGACCAGAGCUCUCUGCUGUCCGUCUCCUCGCUGGAGGUCAUGUUUCUGCUCUCCGCCCAGCAGUUCUCCAAUAACCCAGCGAGCCCGAGUCCAGCCCUGCAGGUUUUCAGCACCUCCACACACAACUGGCCGAGACACGUGGAGUCAAAGGAGAACAUCCACAGUAGGACGCUGGUCAGUUCAGGCGUGGAAAGGGGAGUUCACGAUACAGUGUCCCAUGUCAAUGAACGAGGCCCGCUGUGCCCAUUUGCCCCCGUGCCAACAGGAAGCGGCGAGGAUCUCUGCGGGCCGGCGCUGAACUUCCUCCACAGCAUGAAGACGCUGCGCUUGACGGAGGCCGAGUACAGCCUGCUCACCGCGACCGCUCUGCUCUGCUCAGACCGGGCGUCCCCGCAGGUCGCCGGCUGCGUCGAGAAGAUGCAGGAGCUGAUCCUGGACCUGCUGUCCAGGGUGUGCGGGGCCCAGGCCGGAGCUGGGCAAGGGGGAGCGCAGCGGUUCGGCCGCCUGCUCGGCAGACUGACGGAGCUCCGCACCCUCCGCCACAAUUACCUCCUCCUGACCAGACAGCAGCCGGGACCCUGACGGAGGGGGGUGGGACACCGGAAACCUGUCCGCGCCGGGCAGUUUCACGUGUUCACUUCACCUUUGAAAGGACCAAAUGACUCGUGUAUGAGCGGAGGAAUUGGACAAACACUUGUCACGUGACAUUUUGGAAAUGUUUUUUGAAUCCGAUAUUGAUCUGAGAAGUUGGACCAACGCACCGGACUUCCUGUAGUGGGGAAACUGACACAGAUAUUCCAUUAUUUUCUCACCUGACUUCGGUCCUGCAGUUUCUUUUUUUUUUUAAAUUUUAGUCCCUAGUGGGACAAAGAUUGUUUAUAUGUAUUUUUAAAAAAAAAACUGUUUUUAGCCAACAUGUUAACCUGCAGUAUUGUUAGAAUAAUAAAAAUCUAAUAAAAGA